CUGGUGAGCACAAUUUUUUUCAACAUCUUUAUUCAUUCUCAUUUUCUCCAAUUAUAAUAAUAUAAUAUACUCUUUUUCCAGAAUAAAAUGGCGAAAGAGUUUCAAUUUAAUUGGAAGCCACCGAUUCCUCAACAAAUUCUACAAGGUUCAAUAUUCGAUCGAUAUGAUGAUGUAAGUCAUUUUUAUUUUAUUUUACAUACGUAAAAAAGUAAUAAGAGCAAUAAUGUUAACGUUAACGAGAUUUUUUUUCCUAAAAGACGCCGCUUUUCUAUGAUAAGUGCUUUAAAUUGUCGUUAACACAUUUUUUGAAUUCCCUUUCUUCUUAUUUUUUUAUUAUUAAAUUUUUUUGAUAUUGGAUUGCAGCGAAAAAAGAUAACAAAAGACGGGAGCAUACACGCUAACACAGUUUUUUGUCAAUAGCAGAUGAUAAGAUAAUAGAAAAAUUAUAUUGAUCUUGUUAGUAGAAACAUGGUUCCAAGAAACGAGGAGUUACAGUAAUUCGAAUAUACAAUUUUUAGGAAAGCACAUGUCUUGAAUUGAAUGCACAAGUUCGUGUUGAUGAAUUUGGUUUCUUUCUUUAUUGGUUGGUUGAAGGAAAAGAUGCAGUUGUUCUUGAUAUGGGACAAAUAUGGGAAGCUCGACCUGGAACAUUGCCAAAAGAUGGACGUGUUAUGUUUGAACUUGAACAACGUGGAGCACGUGAAACCAUUGAAGAAAGAACUGUUUGGAUUUCACAUGGUCAAGAUCUUGUAAAUGUUCAAUCAUUUUAUUUGGUUGCUGAAAGUGUUGAAACUGCAAAAUUGUGGAGAAAUGGGUUGAAUGAGAUUUUGAAAACAUCACGAAUACGACAUGUUUGUCCAACCACGCAACUUCACAAAUAGUACGUUUUUCUUUUGCUCUUUCUAUAAUUUUUAAUUAAAAAUAAUCUGAAUUUUUUCAGCUGGAAAUGGCUAACAUUAAAUGUAAAUGAGCGAAGAAAAAUUCCAAUCAAAAUUAUCAUCAAAACGUUUUCGUCUGGUAAACCAGAAAAACUUGUUCAAAAAUGUUUGAAUGAUUUGGGACUUGGUGGAGAUAAGGUGAGCUCGUUUAUUUUCUGAUUAUUUGAACCCAUAGUGAAUGAUAGUGGUGUUUUUCUCUCAUUUUCAAAAGCUAUAUUUUUCAUACUUAUUAAUUGUUGUGCAGUGAUUGUGUUUGUUGUAGUACACCCCGGCACGUGUCAUUCAUCGAUCAAUGCGUAAAAAAUUGAGGAAUUGGUACACUUGUGGAAGAUCGAGAAGGCGAAAGGUAUUUUGCAUGUGAUUUUUUCAGCAUGUUUCUAUAUAUUUCAUCUAUCUCGAAAUCUUUAUAGAAAUCAACGCUUUCUGAAAUUAUUACAAAUGAUUUUUUGUAGGAGCGAGAAGAAUUGGAUGUCGAUAUUCUGACAUUUGAUAAAUUCCUCAAACUAUACAACAAAAUCUGUCCACGUACCGAAGUUCAAGAAUUGUUCGUCAAGUUAUCUGGUCAAAAAGAAUAUCUUACCAAAGAAAAAUUGGUGAAUUUUUUGAACGAAGGACAAAGAGAUCCACGAUUAAAUGAGAUUCUUUUUCCAUUUUUUGAUAAUGCGAGAGUACAACAAUUAAUUGCCAAAUAUGAAACGGAUAGUAAUUAUAUUGAAAAUGGUUAGUUUUUUUUAAAUUUCUGAAAUUAUAACCUGAUUAAUUGAAAAAAUUGCAGGUAAAAUGUCGGGAGACGCAUUUUUGCGUUACUUAAUGUCUGAUGAAAAUCCGCCAGUUUUUCUGGAUCGCAUUGAAAUGUAUCAAGAUAUGGAUCAACCUCUAUCACACUAUUAUAUUAAUAGCUCACAUAACACGUAUUUGACGGGUCGACAAUACGGUGGAAAAUCUUCGUCUGAAAUCUAUCGGCAGGUACUAUUAAGUGGUUGUCGAUGUAUUGAAUUGGAUUGUUGGGAUGGAACCGGUGAAAAUAAAGGAGAACCAAUUAUAACUCAUGGAAAAGCUAUGUGCACUGAUGUGUUUUUCAAAGAUGUUCUUGUGCAAAUUCGAGAUACUGCAUUCGCAAGAUCUGAUUUUCCGGUUAUUUUGUCAUUUGAGAAUCAUUGUAGUAAAUCGAAUCAAUUGAAAAUGGCAAAAUAUUGUGUGGAUAUUUUUGGAGAUAUGUUAUUAUCGAAGAGUUUUGAUGAUUUUCCCCUUGAACCUGGAGUUCCACUUCCAUCUCCAAAUCGACUUCGAAGAAAAAUUUUGAUCAAAAACAAACGAUUAAAAGCUGAUAUUGAAAGGCAUCAACUUGAACAAUUUCUUCGAGAAGGAAAACUUGAUGAAGAAGAUGAACUUAUGGAAACUCCUGAAGUUGUUGGUGAAGAUUCAAUUACGCCACGUGAGUUUUCAUCUUUUUUUCUAUUUUAUGUUUUUUGCCAUUUCAUUCAUCUAUUCUCUGUAUUUUCAUACUUACGCAUUUUUGAAACCAAAAUUAACAACAACACAACUCAACAAAAACCGACACCUUAUAUGCUUUUUUUUGGUCUGCUUUUCACCUUUGAUUUGAUUUUAUUUUUCGCUUUACUGUUUGGAACGAUGAUUUAUAUUUUCCUAUUUCCGAUUUUUAUACUAACCAAGCUAAAAAACCAAUCAUAUCACCCUAUUUUUUAUUGAAAAACCUCACCGUUUUUUUGCCUUUGUGCAGGUUCGGACGGUCAAGAAGGAGAUGAAACAUCGGAUGAUGAUGAUGAUCCAUCAAUUCAGUCAUCUUCAAAUGUUGCUAGACCAUUACCAAUACUUGCAACAUCUUCAACAUCUCGUGAAACACCAUCGCCAAGCAGCUCAACCGCUUCGAUAAUUGUGAAUGUCGAACGUGCAACAACAUCCUCCUCAAUUUCAUCGGUUUCAACAUCGAUGUCUGCAAUGACAAUGUCGGCUUCGAGAAGUCUGGGAAAGUCGCCCAAUUUUUCGUCGCUAAGACAAAAAUUGUCAUUCAAGCGACGGCAAUCGCCGUUAGGUAUGAUUAUUAGAAAAAAAACUAAACUGAAAAAUUGUUUUGGUUUUUUGCAUGAGCAUGCGGGUGCUUAGAGUGUCAAUAUUUUUGUUGAACUAUUUGUUGUUUCACACUUUCACCACUUCUCUAACUAUCUGUUAACUCUUAUUUUCUUUAAAGGUCCCGUAACGUCGCAAGAUUCAGUGAUCUUAAACACUUCUCUAUGCUUUUUUAUGUUGAUUGAAGUCGAAAAAAAUUUUUCUGAUUCACCAUGAAAAAAAGGACCAAAAGUAACACAUUAAAAAAUCAGUCUAAAAAUGUUGGGUCCACGGCCGAGAAAACCAAAUGAGAUCGAACAAACGCGCGCUGCUGAUAACCGAAAAAAUAUUUUCUUUUCGCGAAAUUUUUUCUAUUGGUUUUUGGCGUUUUUCGCAGUUAUUUCGAUAGGAAUGAAUGGAAUAAACCUGGAAAUAGAAUGGACAAGGAAAUUUAUUCGAAAAACACAAAAAAAGUCUUGAAAAUCGAGCAAAAAUGACAGAAAACAGAGCAAACAACGUUUUUUCAGAUUUGCAACGCAGUUUUUCAAGUUUUUCUUCAUCAAACCUUGAUAUUAUCCAGAUGUACAGUGCUCAUUUUGAAGAGGAGAAAAUUCUCAACAAGAGGUUUUGAGUUUUUGGUUGGAAAUUGUCGAUUUCACAAGGCACAGCUGGUUGAAGAAAUGUUCGAGAUCAAACACACAUUCUCAAAACGUGACGCGAAAUUCUUGUUCUGGCUCGGAUUUGAUGAAUUCUUGGUUUUAUUCAAUGGUUGAUACAUCAUUAGAACCAGAAUUUUAUGGCGAUUCUUCUGAUAUAUGACAAUCAUAGUGAAAGUAUAGAUUUUGAUGAUUUCCACUCGCUUGCGAAAAAUACGAAAAUUUCGAUACAUUUUUCAUUGAUUUUAGCGAUUUGAACGUGAGUUUCUCAAUUUUUUCCCUCGAUUUCUCAGAGCAGUAUACUCAAAAGUCAUUUCGAUAUUUUACCAUGAGAUAUCACUCGAUUCAGUAGAAUUAUUCCGAUAAUUCUUUACAAAAUUUUGAAUUUUCUCAAAUUAGCUCGUUUUCUGAUCCGUUCAUACGUUGAACUCAUUUCAUGUUUUCGGAAAAGAAGAAAACUGAAUGAAAUUGAGCAUUUGUGAUGUUUAUUUUCUCAAAUUUUGAAAAAAGUCAAGCUCAAAUCGCUAAAAUCAAUGAAAACUUUAUCGAAAUUUUCGUAUUUUUCGCAAGCGAAUGGAAAUCAUCAAAAUCUAUUCUUUCACUAUGAUUGUCAUAUAUCAGAAGAAUCGCCAUAAAAUUCUGGUUCUAAUGAUGUAUCAACCAUUGAAUAAAACCAAGAAUUCAUCAAAUCCCAGCCAGAACAAGAAUUUCGCGUCACGUUUUGAGAAUGUGUGUUUGAUCUCGAACAUUUCUUCAACCAGCUGUGCCUUGUGAAAUCGACAAUUUCCAACCAAAAACUCAAAACCUCUUGUUGAGAAUUUUCUCCUCUUCAAAAUGAGCACUGUACAUCUGGAUAAUAUCAAGGUUUGAGGAAGAAAAACUUGAAAAACUGCGUUGGAAAUCUGAAAAAACGUUGUUUGCUCUGUUUUCUGUCAUUUUUGCUCGAUUUUCAAGAAUUUUUUUUUGUUUUUCGAUUAAAUUUCCUUGUCCAUUCUAUUUCCAGGUUUAUUCCAUUCAUUCCUAUCGAAAUAACUGCGAAAAACGCCAAAAACCAAUAGAAAAAAUUUCGCGAAAAGAAAAUAUUUUUUCGGUUAUCAGCAGCGCGCGUUUGUUCGAUCUCAUUUGGUUUUCUCGGCCGUGGACCCAACAUUUUUAGACUGAUUUUUUAAUGUGUUACUUUUGGUCCUUUUUUUUCAUGGUGAAUCAGAAAAAUUUUUUUUUCGACUUCAAUCAACAUAAAAAAGCAUAGAGAAGUGUUUAAGAUCACUGAAUCUUGCGACGUUACGGGACCUUUAACUUUGAAACAUUUUGUUUGAAGGCAAAGUGAAGUUUUUUUUUUGGAAAUUCGAAAGAUAAAUUCUGAAAAAAUAACGACUUUCACCUUCAGGGGUUUCCCCAAAAAUUUUAAUUAAAAAGUUUCAACGUGUGAAGAAUUUCAUGAAAUAUAGUUGCUGAUCAAGUUGAAUCUUAUAGUUUUUAAGCACAAGCCUAAACUCAGUCAGUCACUAAGUUCUACAUAUGUUGGACCUUUCUUGUAAAUAACCUUCUAUUCUAAUCCCAUUCAAAAUUUCAAAUCCCCCUUCUCUCUCUAUUUCUCUCUUUAUCUUCGAUUUUUUGCACACUACUGUCGUUUGUUCGUUUUUGCAGCUGGAGAUCAACGUGCUCAUCCAGAAGCCGAUUCAACCGCUUCACCCUCAACAUCAUCAGCCCAUCAAACACCAUCCAGUGUUGUCACAAGUCCAACCACUCCUUCGCCAAUUGUAAAAUGCAAAGAUGGUAAAGAAUGUGGCUCGUUUUUGCGGCUUUUUCUCUAUAUUCGGUGUACCCCUUUAGAUGUGUUCAUAUUUUCUCUUUCUUUUUCUCGAGUGGCAUGGGGUAGAUCAAGAAAAACAAUGAGAAAAGAAAUUUGAAAAAUUUGAAUAGAAAAUAGUUGUAGUUGUUGUUAAGCAGGGAAACAACUUACUUCACUCUAACUCUUUUCUUUAAAAAAUAUUUUAAUUUCAGGUGAAAUUCCGAAUAACAAAGAGAUGGACGAAGCGCAUCCUGAAUUGAAACAAAAUUUCAUUGCAAAAAAUCUGAAAGGUUUUGGUUUCUCGAAAAAGCAGGUUAGUGACUUGUUUCUAUUUUAAAAUAUCCCGUUUGCAGUGUUCCUCCACUCUAACUAACUAUCACCAUAAUCUGAUUUAAUUUCCUUUUUUUUAUUUUUCAAAAACAUUUGUUUUCAUUUCUUUCUGAUUUCUGUUAUUUAUGAUUUAUAAUAUUUAUCUAGCGGGACCCAAAAAAUGAUUAAUUUCAAAUAUCUAUAAAAACAAACACACAGCUGCCUGAUGGUUCGAUAGUGAGCUGUCCAGAUAAUAAUGCAACACCAUCUAUUAAAUCGCCACCACCAACCGCAGCUUCAUCUCAACAAUUAUUAUCUGCUUCGCCAAAUAGCCUUCUCACUGUUUCGUCCCAACCUUUGGAACGAACACGAAGUGAGAAACGAAGUUUUCGAAUGUCGAGAAAAGCGUUCGAUUCGGACGGUGGUGAUUUGGGAGUAAUGGAUUUUAUGCGAACAGCAUCGAGUCGCAAAAAGAAGGUUCGAGCCUGCUCUCUCUCUCAUUCAUUUUUGCCACUCUGUCCGUUUUUGACUAUUUUUAACACAGUUUCACGCUUGUUUCGUCCGUUCCAUCUAACCAGUUCAAUAGGGGAAUCAUCCUUCCGCAUGGAAUUUUAUGUUUUAAUUUUUAAUUUUUUUGGAAAAGAAGUUUGUUCAAAUGCUUUGUAUUAACCGUUUUCUGUUUUUACACUCCACCUAACACCAAAUAAUGUUUUUGUCAGUUACCACAAUGACACUUAGAUCAUUCACAUUUCAAAACUCAAAAUAAUAUUUAUUUUUCAGCCUGUUUUGACGAAAGAAGAAGAAGAACGAAUCUUUGCCGAAUAUAAUUAUACUGGAGCUACAACAAAUAUCCAUCCAUUGUUAUCUUCAUUAGUAAAUUAUACACAUCCUGUCAAAUUUUCGGGGUUUGAUGUGGCAGAAAGUAAGAUUACUGUACCUUUCAAACUUUAAAAAUGAUUAAAUUAAUAUUCGUAAUUUCAGAUAACAAUUUGCAUUUUCAUAUGUCAUCAUUUUCUGAAUGGGCUGGUAUUGGUUACCUCAAACAAUCUGCUCCAGAAUUUGUUAAUUACAACAAACGGCAAUUGUCAAGAAUUUAUCCGAAAGGAGCACGUGUCGAUUCCAGUAAUUUCUUACCUCAAAUUUUUUGGAAUGCUGGUUGUCAAAUGGUAUCUCUUAACUUCCAAACACCUGAUGUUUAUAUGCAAUUAAAUAUGGGAAAAUUUGAAUACAAUGGUGGAUCGGGUUAUUUGUUGAAACCAGAUUUCCUUCGACGACCCGAUCGAACUUUUGAUCCAUUUUCCGAAUCACCAGUGGAUGGUGUAAUUGCGGCGCAUUGUAGUGUUCGAGUGAUUUCCGGACAAUUCUUAUCAGAUCGAAAAAUUGGAACAUAUGUUGAAGUUGAGAUGUAUGGUCUGCCAACUGAUACAAUUCGAAAAGAGCACAAAACUCGAGUUGUUCCUGCAAAUGGAUUAAAUCCAGUUUUCAACGAAGAUCCAUUUGUUUUCCGAAAAGUUGUUCUUCCCGAAUUAGCUGUUCUUCGAUUUGCAGUUUAUGAUGAAAAUGGAAAACAACUUGGUCAAAGAAUUCUUCCAUUGGAUGGACUACAAGCUGGUUAUCGACAUAUUUCUUUGAGAUCUGAUACAAAUCAAUCAUUCAUAUUGUCACCAAUUUUGUUUGUUCAAGUUGUUAUCAAAACUUAUGUUCCAGAUGAAUUGAGUGGUAAGUUAGGAAAAGAACAUUUGAAAUUGUGUAGGCUUAAUCAAUUUUUAUCAUUUUUCAGGUCUUGUCGAUGCUCUUGCUGAUCCACGUGCUUACCUCUCUGAACAGAAGAAAAGGCAAGAAGCUCUUGCUCAUAUGGGUGUGGAUGAUAGUGAUAUUGCCGCCGAUGUUCCUGCCUCAAAAAGUACUGUAAAAAGUAUAAAGCAACCUCCGAAGCAAAAUGGAUCAUCAGCUGAUCUACUCGCUAAUAAUUCGGCUCCUGGAACUGCAAGAUCUGAACAGAAUUCCACGCAGGCAACAAGUACAUCAAAAGCAAACACCGAACAACCACAACCGGUUGCUGUUGAUAAAUUCAAGGUAUGUUCAGUGGAUAUUUAUUUAUGUUAUCAUGAAAAGUGUAGGCGAUUGCUAAUCUGACGCGAAAUUUGACACGAAAAUCAUCACCGGCUCCGCCUUCAACGGCGGCAGCCCAAUCGACAUCAACAGCACUUCAGGUCAAAAUAUAUCCAUUUAGGGAUUUUUUUUCAUUUUCCAUUUUACGCUUUUUUCUUCUUCCUUUAAAUGCCUGUAGAUUCCCAAGAGAGUUUUCCAAACAAUUCAAGCUUUAUGUUUCAGGUCGAUCCGAUUGAAGUUGAAGAUCUGCGGCGAGACAAAGCUUUUGUGAAACUUCUCAAAAAAUUCCAGAAAGAUUUGGAAGAUUUGAGAAAGAAACAUCAGAAGCAACGUGAAAGUAUUCAAAAACAACAGGUAAGUUGGUUAAAAAAAUAUGUACAUAUUUUAUGUUCUGACUCUAUAUUAGAACGAGCUAAUUUCCUUUGUCGCCUUUUUUCUUAAUUUCACGGGAACUUAAAGUAUCUGUAAUUAUGUUCAGCCAUCUAACACACGUCGAAAUUCAACAAAACUCUGGAUGGUAAGUUUUUGUGUUCCUCCGUUAACCAGACAAAAGAAAUAUGUCAUUUUUUGGUUUCUUUACUUUUUUACUUACUAUAUUUAUAAUCUCUACUAAUUAUAAGUUCGAAAAGCUAUCUUCCGUAAUAUCCGUAAUAAUUUGCUUCAAACCCGCUUUUUUAUUCCAACUUGGUUGCCGUUCUUGUAUUGGGGAAAAUUAAUUUUUGUAUUCAAUUUAAGAAAUAUCCAUCCUAUGUUUUUGUCGCUUUCAGCAAACAAAUGUCGAUAAAUUGAUGAGUCGUCGAUCAACGAAAAAAGAAAAAGGUUCAAGGCGAAGUCUAACAGCUUCAGUUUCAUCUGGAUGUGGUUCAACCACUACAACAUAUACAAAUACAUCUGCUGCAUGUUCAUCAAAUGCCACGUGUAAUUCAGAUGGAACUGCAUCGCCAGCUACAGCUGCUGGAAGUCCUGUACCACAUGAUUUGAUUAAUAAUGAUCGGGUGGGUACUAACUUCUAUUCUUGGUUUUUUGUUUUCUGUUGUUGGUUCUAGAAAUAUUAAGAAUAUGUUAUAGGUCCGAUCAUUGGUCAAUUCACAAACUGGAGAAUGGUCAGCGCUGAUUGAAAGACAUGAUUCAGAAGAAUUUCAAAUGAAAAGACAACAAAUCAUUGAACAAUAUGAGUUGCUCAAAAAAUUGAUGGCCGAAGCACAAAAAACACAAAUGCAAGCGUUGAAAUUGAGACUUGAAGCCGAAGGAAAAGAUUUGAAACAAACACAAACCAAGAAAAGUAUGGAUGAUGCUAAAGUCAUUCAAUUGGUAAGAGAACAUAUUUUGAUUUAGAAAAAAAAUCAUGGAAUUAAUUUAUAGGACAAGGGAAUCAAGACAAAAGCAGAGCGUGAUCGACGAGUCAAAGAAUUGAAUGAGAAAAAUGUGAAAAUGUUUAUUGAGGAGAGAAAACGAUUAGAAAUGAAGUGAGAUUUUCUAAACAUUUUAUGAAAAAAGUUAAUUUCAAUCAAUUUUUCUAGAUCUCAAAAACAAGAAUCACAACUUAGUGAUCGACAUACUGCGCAAAUGAAUCAACUUUCAUCAGAUUGCAAAAAAUCGAUAGAAUCCGAAGAGGCGAAUUAUAAAGAGCAACAACUUGCCAAUCAACCAUCAUCCGUUGUAUAA